GCCCAUUCUCUGUGCAUCCAAAGUCCGCUUAUUUAAAUAAGAAUCAAAAGAUUGAUAUCGCUGUAUCAUUUAAAACAAUGCACUUAGGCGAAGCCCACGGAAUAUUAAAUGCACUUUUUGAAACUGGAGAAAACUUCCGUAUAUUGUUGUCGGGGACAACUCAUACAGUGAGCGUUGAAUUGGAGAAGCAAGUAGUGCGAUUCUUUGACACUUACAACACUAUGAUGCGGCAGCAGACAUACAAGGUCAUCAACAAAUCCGAUCAUGUGCUCACAUACAUCUGCAUGAAGAACGAUUGUGUAUAUUAUGAUUUCGAAGAAAAAGUAAAGUUAGCAACAAUAUUUUACAAUAUGAAAGAAAGUGAAUCUGCGAAGUACAGGAAGUUGGUGCAAUACGACGUGCUGAGUAGUAACGAGCAUGAAAGAGUAUACACUCGGAUAUUUUUUGAUGAGAUCCAGGCGCUAGUGGCUGAUGAAUCACUGUAUUUCCAAAAUAUGCACUUUUCCAUACACCCGAUAAAAGGAAAGUUGUGGCCCAAUAAAACAACAGAAUUAACUAUAACAUUUUGUCCGAAAGAAAUCGGAGAGUUUCAAACAACUGCCUACUUAGAUAUAGAUGGUUUCGUGGACCGCGUGCCGCUGAAUUUGAUCGGUCUAUCGAUGCCUCCCUCCAUACAUCUCAAUGUGGAAACACUGGAUAUGGACCGCGUCUACAUUAACAAGUCUUACAACUAUGAAAUUGUUGCCAUUAAUAAAGGUACAAAUUUCAAAUUUAAAACUUUAUAA